AUGGCAGAAGGCGGUGGAAAUAAUGAUGCUUUUCCUGGAUUCGCAGAAACUCCCACACAAGAGCUGUUGAAGCAAAUGGCGGAUCAAAAUACACGUCUUUUACUUCUUCUGGAGCGGCUUUCUGGACAGCCGGCAACACCAGCAGUCUCUAAGCGGAGCGUUGACCAAAUUGUCGAAUCACUUUCAUCGACAAUCAAGGAAUUUUUCUAUGAUCCAGCUGCUGGAAUGACAUUCGACCGAUGGUUUAACAAAUACGAGGAUCUUUUCAGUGCGGACGGUAGAGAACUGGAUGACGCUGCAAAAAUACGCUUGCUACUGCGUAGUUUGAGUGUUCCUGUUCACGAAAAGUUCACAAACUAUCUCCUACCACAACACCCACGGGAUUUUACCUUCGACCAGGUAAUCCAGAAGCUGAAAGUUAUAUUCGGUCAGCAGAAAUCACUCUUCAGUAAACGCUACGAAUGUUUUCGUGUGGUCAAGUGCGAUGCUGAUGAUUACGUCACCUAUGCCGGAGUCGUAAAUCGUUAUUGCGAAGAUUUUGAUUUGGCAAAUCUCACAAUCGACCAGUUUAAAGCACUGAUUUUCGUCUGCGGGUUGCAAUCUUCAAAGGAGACGGAGGUCAGGACGCGUCUUCUCUCCAAGCUGGAAUCAGAUGCUGGAAAGGAGACCAAUCUCGAAGUGCUCAUAACGGAAUGUCAGCGACUGUCUAACCUAAAACACGAUACGGCGCUUGUAGAAAAGAACACAUCGUCCAGUGUGCAAGUGAUUCAGCAACACAAGCAGCACCAUAAGCAACCAAAAGCUGCUACGAAACAAACAGAUCUUCCUCGUUCACCCUGUUGGCAGUGUGGAGCCAUGCAUUUUGCAAAAAAUUGCUCCUACACAAACCAUGUUUGUAAACAGUGCAACCGACAAGGACACAAAGAGGGAUACUGCAGCUGUUUCAACAGAACUGUCAAAACGUCUGGUGAAAAUAAACAGUCGCAACCGCCGCAACAGCAACAGAAGCGGAACAAAAAGCAUAAUCAGUCGAACAGCGUAUAUUCAGUCAACCAGGUACGCAGUGAACGGAAAUAUGUGACAACGCAGAUCAACGGUCACACCGUAAAAUUACAACUCGACUGUGGCUCGGACAUAACCAUUAUUUCGGAGCAGAUUUGGAAAAAGUGUGGAUCUCCAGUUUUCUCUCAUACCGAACACAGAGUACGUACAGCGUCCGGUGAACAGUUGCCUCUUCUGGGAGAAUUUUCCUGUACCAUGCAGAUCGGCGAAGAGCAACGUAGCGGAACUUGUUACGUCACAUCAGUAAAUAAUUUGAAUUUACUCGGUCUGGAUUUCAUGAAUGCUUUCGAUGUUUGGGCGAAACCGUUAACAAGCAUUUGCAAUCAGGUAAAUCAUUCUACUGCUAAUAAUCCUGUAAACUGGUACCUCACUCGUUUUCCCGAAGUUUUUAAUGAUUCGUUGGGUCAUUGCACAAAGACAAAAGUGAAGCUUUAUCUGAAACCUGAUGCACAACCGGUAUUCAGAGCCAAACGACCAGUACCUUUUCACGCAGUUUCCAUGGUUGACGAUGAACUCGAUCGACUUCAACGGCUUGGCAUUAUCUCGCCAGUAGAUUUUUCGGACUGGGCCGCACCAAUUGUCUCAGUAAGGAAGCCGGGCGGAAGAGUACGAGUCUGCGCAGAUUACUCGACAGGACUCAAUUCAAUGCUCGAACCGCACCACUAUCCGCUACCGUCACCAGACGAUAUUUUCUCGAAGUUGUCUGGAAACAAGGUAUUCAGCAUAAUCGAUUUGUCGGACGCCUAUUUACAGGUCGAGGUAGACGACGAAUCCAAGCAGAUUCUGACGAUUAAUACACACCGCGGGCUAUUUCAAUUCAAUCGGUUGGCCCCGGGAGUAAAAUCGGCACCUGGUGCUUUCCAGCAACUUAUGAGCAAGAUGAUCGCGGGUCUGGAAGGAGUGGAUUGCUUUCUCGACGACUUCAUUGUCUACAGCGUCAACAAAGAGCAACAUGACCGUAACCUGGAAAAACUUUUCAAUCGUAUCCAAGAGUAUGGAUUCCAUUUACGUCCAGAAAAGUGUAGUUUCUACAAGUCCGAAAUCAGGUACCUGGGCUUCAUCAUCAACGCUGACGGUAUUAAACCUGAUCCGGAGAAGGUGGCUUCAAUUGUCAAAAUGCCACAACCAAAGGACGUUAGUGAGCUUAGAUCAUUCCUCGGGGCAGCAAAUUUCUACGGGAAGUUCGUCCGGGAAAUUCAUCGAAUCAGACAGCCACUUGAUGCUCUCCUGAAAAAGGAUUCCCAGUUUGUGUGGAGUGCACAGUGCCAGGAAGCUUUCGACACAAUCAAGAAAGUAUUACAAUCAGACUUGUUACUGACGCACUACAAUCCGUCAUUGGAGCUGAUUGUAGCCGGCGACGCUUCCAAGACCGGAGUAGGAGCAGUCAUUAUGCAUCGUUUUCCUAACAACCAGCUCAAAGCGAUUGCGCACGCUUCGAAAACUCUUACCAGCACUGAACAGAAGUAUAGUCAAGUGGAAAAAGAGGCAUUAGCCCUAGUUUUUGCAGUAACCAAAUUUCGUCGUAUGCUGCUAGGACGCAAGUUCACGUUGCAGACGGAUCAUCAACCGUUACUGAAAAUAUUCGGGUCGAAAAAGGGUAUUCCACUACAUACCGCUAAUAGACUUCAACGUUGGGCUUUAUCGUUGCUUGGUUUCGAUUUCAACGUCGAAUACGUUUCCACAGAUAACUUCGGGUAUGCAGAUGUGCUCUCCCGACUGAUUAGCAAUCAUCAAAAGCCCGAGGAAGAGUAUAUCAUAGCAGCCAUUGGUCUGGAAGAUGAGGUCAACGCAGGUCUAGCUGAGUGUUUCACUUCACUACCGGUGAAUUUCAGGAUGGUUAGCGCAGCUACCAAGAAAGAUGCGAUUCUUCAGCAAGUAGUGCAGCUUAUCAAUGACGGCUGGCAUCGAAAGGUUGAAGAUCCAAAGCUGAAAAUUUUUCACGCUCGCCGUGAGUCUCUUUCGGUGGUAAACGGAUGUGUCAUGAUGGAGGAACGUGUAGUUGUGCCCGAAAAAUAUAGUCAGCGAAUUUUAAAACAGCUUCACCGCGGUCAUCAGGGCAUCGAGCGGAUGAAAGCUAUCGCGCGAAGUGUUGUAUAUUGGCCGAACAUCGACAACGAUAUUCAGGACCUUGUUCGUCGAUGUGAUAUCUGUGCCAGUGCAGCCAAGUCACCACCACAUUUCCAACCUCAACCGUGGCCACGAGCAGAUGGACCAUGGCAACGGAUUCACUUGGAUUACGCGGGUCCGCUCGACGGAAUGUACUAUUUGGUUAUUGUCGACUCGUAUUCCAAGUGGCCUGAAAUUUUUCAAACACGAUCGACAACUGCGUCGAUUACAAUCAGAUUUCUUCAGGAAUCUUUCGCCCGUUUUGGUAUUCCCACGACCAUUAUUACUGAUAAUGGAACGCAGUUCUGUAGCAGUGAGUUCAAGAAAGUGUGUGACGAACUUGGAAUCAUCCACAUUCGUACUGCCCCGUAUCAUCCGCAGUCAAACGGGCAGGCGGAGCGGUUUGUGGACACCAUGAAACGGUCGUUACGCAAAAUCGUUGAAGGGGAAGGAGUACCAUCAGUCGAAGCACUGCAAACAUUUUUACAGGUGUACCGCUCUACACCUAGUGCCGCGCUUGCUGGGAAGUCUCCAGCAGAGGAAAUGCUGGGCAGGCCUAUGCGAACAACUCUCGAUCUCUUGCGCUCCCCAGUAUUUGCUAACACGUCUAAUCAACUUCAUCCAAGGUUUAAGGCAGGUUCUGCAGUCUACGCAAAGCUCUAUUCAAACGCAAAUAAGUGGAAGUGGAUUCCAGGGACUGUUAUCGAAGUCAUUGGUGGAGUGAAUUAUAAUGUGCUACUCGAUUACCAGUCAGGUCGGAGAAAACUGGUACGCUCCCACGUGAAUCAGCUGAGACAGAGAUUCAACGAAGCAGUUAAACCGUUACCAGUGCCAACCCCGCUGGAUAUUCUGGUGGACGAUUUUCAGUUAACACAGUCAUCAAUACAGCACACCAUCGCUCCACAGAAUCGGACAUCGGAUGGCUCGAUUCCUGCGCAGCAGCGUCAGGAUGAUAGUCAGACAACAUCGGACAGUGAUGAAUUCUUUGAGUCGGAGGCUGGCUCAGCAGUUGCACCUCAGGCAGUAGUUCAGCCUGAAUCGACGAAUGCUCCUAGACCAGUUAGGGCCAGUCGCUUACCAAAACGUCUGGAGGACUACAUCGUAGGUUUCACUUAA